UUCGGACACAAAUCGGUCGACUGGUAAUAAUUCUGGAGACACUACCAUUUCACGUCCCUCCAACUUUCUACUUUCUAACCAUGUUAGUGACAAGGAUUUGAAUGGCAUCGUGCUGUUAUAUGUAUGAUAUAGAUAUAAUGGAUAAUCGUACAAAUAAGUCAGUUACAUUACAGGGGAGGUAUAACUCUAGUAUUGUGUUUAUUGAAUUCUCCAGGAAGGAUAUCAAAAACGUUGUUAAUACAACGUCUGUGUAAGUGUUACUCCUCACUGCCCCCAGACACCACAGUACACUGAGUUAUACUGCCAAGGAUGUAUCGAUGAAGGAGAAUACAGAAUAUCCCGGACGCUAAUCUUACAACAAUUGUGAUAAGGAGACAUGUGACGUCACAGUGGGAAUGGUCAACAGGCGUAGAUGAGCGUUCACCAGAGGCUAUCAACAAAACAAAUGGAUUAUCUAAAAUUUGAAAGUUUCGCUUGAAACAUAUCGGCAACAGCCGUGAUCAACGUCACGGCAAGGUUUUUACAUCGUUGAUUGGUAGGUCAGAGACUCAUUGUCUCACCAUGACUUCGUUUACAAUGGCGUCUUUUCCUUCACCAAAGAGUAAGACUGGGACUUUAUUCGUCGGAUUCCUAUUCCUGUUAUUGUCGUAUUUCGUCGUUAUGGAUAUUCUUGUAUACCAGUCUCUACAGACUAUGGACUUGGUGAAGCAGGACCAUAUGGGAGGUUACUCGCCAUUCCGUCCCUUGUCUGUGAAACUUCUCAUGUUAGAUCAUAUGGACCAUUACGUCUACAUUCCUUUAGCUGAGUUAGUCUUUACCAUAUUUGAACCUACGGGUAUAUAUUUCAUUCUCACUCCGAAUGUCAUCAGUUUCACGGGUCUGUUUCUUGGCUUUGUCGCUGGGAAGUUUGUUUCAAUGGAAUCUCUUUAUCAUAGACGUAUUGGUGUGCUGAUCUUUGAGUACCGGAUGUGGCUAGAUGUGCUUGAUGGCGUUGUGUUUCGUCACACUUCCGGUAAUCCCGUAUACAAAUCACACAGAACUACAUUAGGAUUUUUUAUAGAUGUUGAUUGUGACAUUAUAAGUGGUGUUGCACUUGCCUUCGGAUGUUUAUUCUAUUUAUGGAAAUGCCCGCCUUUAAUACAACCACGUGACCUCUUAUUGCCAAUUUCAAAGCCUUUUUUGAAUACAACUGUAAAUGGCCAUUGCAGUGAUUCCCCGGGUAAAAAUAAUGGAACACACAACAAAGCCACAAAGAAUUACAUAUUCCUCAAAUGUCUUGUUUUUGGGGGUGUCAUCAUGCUGGCCACCACCACAUGGGACAACAUGCUACAGUUAUACUCUGAUGUGUUACAGACUCCGAUGGAGACGUCUGUACAAGAGGAAAGGCAGUGGGAAGCACUACACUCCGGAGUCACUUGGCUGAGUAUGUGGCUGUGGCGAUUCUGUGAGGCUCAAACUUUACUCCAUCUUCUUCAGCUUGCCAUUGUCACUGACAAAAUCUGGGAAUUCCUAAACUUUAUUCAGUUCGCGGGAUUUGUAGCUCUGGCGAUGUUGAAUUUGUUCAGUUACAUUCAAAUUAGACACAUGCGUUCUAUGCUGACUAUAUACGACUCCUGACAGCUGUUAUAGUGGCUCCAAUGGAAAUAUACUCGUCGUUAUAUAGAAUAAAUCACAUUGUUAUCGAUAUCGUCUUAAUGUCGGCCAUUUCACACCCUUAAUACAACCGGUAUUGUAUUAUAACUAUGUUAGGACAUAACCGAAAUUUAUAGACAAAAUAGGUCAGGAGAGAACCACUACCGGGUGUACACGACAGCGGAUAUUGGUACCACACAAGCGGUACAUUACAAAAGGUAAACCUUAUAUCGAGAGAUGUUUUCAUGGUUUCCCUUUCUUGUAAGACACCCAUGUUACUGAGGCUUGUCAUGAAGAUCUGUUCGGCUAUUCCCUUCAGAAACACAAGCGUAUUGGCUGGUACUGUCGAAAACGUACAGUACAAUGUAGAUGGCUUAUAUGUCGUAAACCAUACAUAGAUUUCUAUAAAUAUCUGGUUGCUGAUUAAUACAAGAUGUGUUUGACCUGAAUCCGGGAAUUGUCUUUAUUUAAUGUGAUACAAUUCCAUUUGUUGACCUUUAAUGUUAUCAAGAUGUCAUACAAAUAAGACUUAUCAAGUCGCCGUACAUCGCUCUGGAAUUAUUUUGAGAUAUUUCUGCAUUAUAUCAAUGAGUUCACAGAUUUAAUUAAACGCAUGGUUACAUAAUUACAGGCUACAAUACUUUCGAUGUUAUUUCAGGGACCUGGUAGCUUUGCAUUGUACAUUUUCGUCAGUACAAGGCGUUACGUUUGUGUUCAAGAACUUGUCGUUUCCUGUGGUAUUAUGUGAGGGUUUGGUAUGAAAAAACCCCGAUAACAUUUGACUCUUAAGAGUCGAGGAAAACCCUUUAUAUAGGGUGCGCCUACUGUAAACUACCGCUUGGUGGUACCAAUAUCCGUUGUCGUGUAUACCCAGUGAAUACGGUACAAGUUUUCUGAAGGUAAUUUAUGAACAUAUCGUAUGAGGAGGAAAGUUUUUUGGAAGAGUAUCUGUUAAUGCUAGUCGAAUACAAAACAUAUAUAUAAUAUAUGAAUAAGAUUCGCUAUAGAACCAGGAAACAUGUCUUAAAAAGAUAAAAAUAUAUUGAAAGACGACCAUGAAUAUCCAUGAAAGUCCUAACUGAAACUGAACUACAUAUUUAUAUUGUAAUUUCACUUCUGGCUACUAGGAGUUUUUCCGUUGGAC